GAACCGAGCACGGGCAGGGCCACCAGCGCCAAGGGCGAUGGCUCGGGCAAUGGUGUAUCUGUGCUGCCAGUGUGUGUGCUGCUCCCACUACUGCUGCUGAUGCUGCAGCGGUGCGAAGAAGGGAGGGAAAGAACGAAGGGAUAAAAAAAAGAAUCUUAAUAGCAAAUUAUGCGUACACGGUGUAAAUACGGUGCAGCGCGUUGUGUGACCCGUUUCGUGAGCAAAAACGUACGCAAUUGGUGUUAAACUGUGCUGGGUGAAGCAUUUAGACGUGGUAGCAUCGGUUGAAACUAUCGUCCGCACGCUCUAGCACGGGAACGUACGGGAAAAUGGCUUAUAAAAAAACAUAUGACUAAUGCUCCUCCGCUGUCUGCUGCGCGCUGCCCGAUCCACGGCGAUUGUACGCGAGCGACGGGCUGCGACGGGCUGCGCGGUGUGUGCCGUGUGGUGGCUCGCCUUAAGACACUGAACGUGAUAAAGAGCUGGUCGUGAAGCGAUUUUUGGUUUUUUUUUUGUUUUUUGCUGGUGGUGCGAAAUAUUGAUAGAAUACCAGGGUGCACGAAAAGAUGGCAUUUUUAACGAAGAUGGACAGAAGUAUACCGAAGCUGUGAUAAGUGCACCGAGACCGAGCCAAAUGGACGAGGUCGUGGUGGACAUGGACCCGAACAUGACAAAUCGGUUACAGCAACAUACCGUAGUAUUAGACGAAGGUGCACAACCAGGCACAUCCUACUCGAGAGUUUCCCCCCCGAAGGCAGUCAUCGAUAGUAGUCCACUGCAAAGCGCCAUGGACAAGAACAAACAAUCACUCAUAGUGAAGCUGUCGAUGCGGCGUCCCUACGAUCAGCUGGUACAGCAAGGAAUAAUGCCAUCACUGAAAACGUCACCGGCAAUCUAUGAACAGCGCCGGCAGCUGGAACGGGCCAAAACGGGCGACCUGCUGAAGGCGAAGAUAAAAAAGCGCCCCGACCGGCUGGAGCUCGAGCAGCGGCACAUUCUCGAGCAGUGCGACAGCCACGUGGACCCGAGCCUGGCGGAAAAGCGGCGCAUGCUGGAGAAAGCCCUCCUGGUCGAUCAUCUCAAUUCGAAGAUAUCGCACCGCCCCGGUCCGCUCGAUCUGAUCGGCAAGAACAUCCUGCACGUGGAGGAACCGAUCGAGCGCAUGGUCAAGGAGGGGCUGGUAGACUAUGCAUCCACGCUGGACGAGUCGAACGCGUCGGUCGCGACGCCGACGACGGUGGGCGAGGGCGAGGACUCGCUCAGCUCCGAGGGUGAAUCGCUGCACAGUGUGACCGUGGCGGUGGUAAACCAGCCGGGCGUACCGGCCACCACCAUUCUGCAGCACCAGAUACAGCUACAGCCUUUCCCGGCGGCGACACCAACAGCAGCCACAGGCCUCCAGCCCCAGCCUCAAACGGUGCUGACCGCACAGCCGGAAUUUUUCACCCUAAAGCCCACCAUCCCGAUCGUGGUGAACGAUGGGACGGUGCUGGCCGCGAUUGCAACUCCGACGGUGAUGGCGGCGACGACGGCCGUUGCGACCAUCGCCGCGGUAACGAGCAGUGGCAAUAUUGCGACGAUUGCGGAAAUUCCCAUGGAGCAGGGUGGUGGUGGUGCUGUUGCAGCUACGCCCAGCAGCAGCAGUACCAUCAUCACCAGCAGCAGCAACACCCCGAGCAUCACCACCAGCACGCUUCGACCCAUACUGCCAACGCCAAGUGCCAACAACAAUCUGAGCGGCGAUCUAGCCACAGUUCGACCGACACUUACCAUGACACCGAUACCCUCGGACCUCAAACUAAUCAGCAGCAGCAGUAGCAGCAAUGGCAGCGGGAUCGCUGGGAGCAACGGCGGCAAAGAGAAGCUGGCGAAGAAGAAGAGCAAAACGAAGAGUAUCACCAAGGCGAAGCCGAUCAAAUUCCACGAGUACAAGGGGCCGCCGAAUGCGCACAGAGGAUCGUCCUCCUCCUCCUCGUCGUCCGCCGGGCACGGUGGUGGUGGCAGCGGCGGCGGAGGUUCCGAUAACAACUAUCAGUUGAUCAUGCAGCAGCAGUACUUGUUGGAGUAUCUUGAAGAGAUGUGCAAGAAGCCGGCCGGUGUUUCAUCGCCCUCCAGCUCUAGGGAGGCGCCUACCACCACCAACACAGAUGCAGAGGAGCUGGCCGGUAGCGAUCAAACACCGAUCGAUUCUCCCCUCGGACCGGGGGGUAGUAGUAGUGGGGUCGGCGGUGGCGCCGGAUCGGGGUCAGGUCCUGGACGAAGCAAGAACAGCACCACCGGGGGAGUUGGAAAUGGUAGCGGCAGCAGCGUUGGCAUGGGAACCAGCACAACACUGCCCACAACGUUCGCUGCAAUGGACAUUGCGCUGGAUACGCUGAACAGGCUGAAAGUGUCACAGCUGAAAAAGUACUGCAAGCAGUACAAUCUGGCCGUGUCCGGCACAAAGUCGAACCUGAUCGAGCGGCUGAAACCGUACAUAAAGUCGAUCGAACCGUGUGUCGGCGGCGUUGCAAGCACGGUCGGAGGCGCCACGGCCGGUGGCACGGCAGAGGCAGAGAUAGAGGACAGUUUGCUGGCGGAGCAGCAGAAGCGCAUUGCCGAGCUGCAGCUGCAGCUGAAGAAAAGCCAGGAAGAGCUGGAACAGUUCCGGUCGCUGUGCAACAAUCCGUUCGCUGCUUCCGACCAGCCGAUGGUGAUCAAUGCAGCGGUCACUAUUCCACCGCCUCCGCCACCACCACCAUCAUCAUCAUCAUCGUCGUCAACACAACAACCACAACUUGCCACGGUGCUCGUAGGAUCGCCUUACUCCAUCACGACCGGCGGCGGCGGCGACUCGUGCGACGCACCCUGUACCGCGGACGGUGACGCCUCGGCCGGUGGUACCGUGAGCGCCAAUCAAACGCCGGACCGUGUGUCGGUGCCGGACACCACAGUCGGUGCGGCACUGGAGGGUAGCUUCUUCCUGGAGGGGCUCACACCGGCCGACUCGACCACGGUAGACUACGGGCACGAUAUGCACGAAAUGUUGCCACCCGAGCUGACCAGCACGCUGGCGCCAAUCGAGCGCAGCCCAACGCACCGUCCCACGCUGGACAAAGUGCUCGGACAGGUGCAGCCGACCAUAUCGGGGCUGACGAUGAAAACGGAACCGACCGAUGAGCUGCGUAACGGGGGCGCUGGUGGUGGUAUGUCGUCGGUCGUCGGUGCUGGUGUUGCUGGUGGUAAUGGUAAUGCAGGCGGUGUGCGAGCCGCCGUCGGGGACAUGCACGAUUUGUCGCUGAGCAUGAAAUCGGUAAACUUUGAGGCGGUCAGCGGGGACACGGGCGAUGCGUCGAUGCAGCAGGAUACGAUCAUGCUGAACGAUUUCGAGGACAUCGAUCUGGUCGACUUUCACAUGCACUCGCUCGACAGUGAUGGACCGUUCCCGAUGAUAACGAAUCACGAUCCCGACCCAGCCGCCAGCAGGACGGCGGCUCAUGCUCAACCCGCGGCGGCAACCAUGCACGAUGCGAUCGAUGCGAUGUUCUGUAACGGUGACGGCGAUCCAAAUGGCAAGCUUCUGGCGACCAACAGCUUUGCGACCAACCAACCCACGGGGUCACAGCAGCAGCACGUGUUGCACGAGCACGCUCCAUCGCACGGCUUCCUCAACAACAACGAUCUAGUAAGCGGCAAUAGCUUGCGCAUAAUGUUGCAUAUGGAUCUGAUGGAUCAAAAUGAGCAGCAGGCGAACAUAGCAACGGUUACCGGCACCAAGCAGCUACCGUUUGGCAGUUUGCACCAUCAGCAACCGCAGCACCAUCAUCUUCAACACAAUAAUCAGCAGCAGCAGCAGCAGCAUCAUCACACGAGUCAUCUACAUCAUAGUGACAGGAACAAUAAUAGCAGGUACGAUGCGAACCAGACCGUGUCGCUAGGGUUUGGCGUGCAGCAGGACACGCAACCCGUCGCAAGCACUAGCGCGAGCAGCAGUAGCAGCAGCACCAGCAGCAGCCCCAGCAACUGCUUCCGACUAGGGCUGGGAACGUCACUCUCGUCGAAACAUGCCAACAAACACCAUCUAAAUCUACACCAGCAGCAACAGCAACAUCAACAUCAACAACAGCAACACCAACAGCAACAGCAGCAGCAGCAUCAUCCUCAUCAUCAUCAACAACACCAUCAAAGUCUUUUGGAACAGCUGACACCACCGUCGGCGGCCGCCGGCAGCGACGGCAGCAACAGCACACUGAUCGGCGACACGAUCGAUUCCUUCCAGGACAAUGCGAUGGAUUUCGAAAGCCUGCUCACGAACGAUGCGGCGGACAGUGUGCUGAACGCGAACAACUGCCACCGGAUGAUGCUGGACUGCGCGCAGGACAAGCCGAUGUACAGCUUUCUACCGGAUCCGAGCAUUCUAGAUUACUUCUCCGACGAUUGUAACGGGCACGAUUUCGAAAUAAAGCAUCUGGAGUACUAAAAAAACAACAACAGAAAAACCACCACCACGAAGAAAACACGAAAACACCCACUGCCCCGGGAUGCGUUGCCGGAUGAUGAUGAUGAUCCGCGCCAGUAUUAAAUCAUCCACCGUGUGGACGUCGCAAACUAGGACGCGGGUAAAGGACCCGCACGAAGGUUGAAAAAGAGGAGAAGUAGAAGUACGAACCCC